UUCGUUUUCGCGAAAGUCCCGUUCGCACGCCAAGAAUGAUCGGACGAACGUCGUUAGUGGAACAAAAGAGGAUCCAAUGGGCGAGGGAGAAAGAAGAAAUGGCGCGUCUCGGCGGAAGUUGGGGACUUUUGAAAAAUAACGUCAAUAUCCGCACCCAUAUCCGCAGCUAUCCAGUCGACGCAAGAAUGCCCUUGGCGGAAACGAAGGACAAGUCCUCGAAACCUUUCCGUGCCAGCGGCCAUUACGGAAGUACCGUCAGCCUGAAGAGUCUCGCGGCCGAGAGUUCCGGAAACAGUGUCACGAGUCUAAAGUGUCUCGACUGCAAUGGUGGUAGCUUGAUAAAUCUACACGAACAACCGGAUGUGUCGCAAAUCAGGCACAGAAGUCCGAGCCUGCCGCCGAUUUACAGCAAGGAUCAGCAACAAUAUCUCUCUCAGAGUCAACAACGAGACUACGGCGUCGACGGAUUGUGUUACCAGUCGGAGAAGCUUCAACGGAAACAUGAUCAUCGAUCGUACGAUCGUGACGAAAACUCCGAAAAAAAUCAUUACGGUUCGCAAAGCGAAGAACGCGAGGGAGAGACGUCCGGUUACGCGAGCGAUUCUGUAGACGUUCCCGUAUUAUCUACAGGAACAUUGUUACCCGGUUGUAAGCCGCCAGGAGGAAAUAUGAUUGAGAAGACUUGGCAGAAUCCAUACUACAACACAACACCCGAAAGUUCGUUACCACCGUCGAGGAGAUUAUCGGAUGGCAGGAUAGGCGAGCUUAGGCCAAGGUGGGGCAGUGUCUGGGGUCAGGAGAUGACACGAGGAGAUCCACCUGCGCCUUCUUGGCUUUCGAGAUUAGGCCAUUCGAGUCAGGUAUUAGUCAUUAAUCACGAAAGUGCAAGCAGUUCGGACAGUUCGACGGUAGGCACAAUUGGGUCUGACAACACCAAAACAUAUCUUCGUGGUCAGAACAUUCACGUCGAUGCAGAUAUUCUUCAAGAACGAGAAGCGAGAAGACAAAAAGCUCUGGUGCUUCAAGAUGCGAUUAAGAAGCAACUCGAAGAGAAAGGUCGCCAGAGGAAAGAAGAAAAAGAGAGAAAAUUGAGAGAAGAACGCUUGGAGGAAGAACGAAUUGAACGCGAAAGGGAAAAAGAAAAAGAAAGACUCGAGGAAGAACAACAAAGGCUGAAGGAGAGGGAAGCCGCGAAAUUUCGUCAAGCGGAAACGAUGCGCGAGGUUAUAGAAGCUGCAGAGCGUUUGGCCAAAGAGCAAAAGAGGAAAUGUCGCAAACGCGAGGAGACAGACGAAGAAACUGCUGUUACUUCUUCCAGAAACUGCGAAUCUAUAAUUUCGAACGCGAGCCAGUCAAAUCAGAACUGUCCAAGCGAGAGAACUCGACAGAAUCUAACUUUCAAUGCCAACACUCAACACACUGAAAAGGAAAAGGAGAUUUCAAGCGAAAGAGAGAGUAACGACGAAAAGAAAAUCUUGAACGUUUCGGAAAAAACGUUAGCGGACACGAACGAGACGACAGCCAUUCAAGUUCCUAUUAGCAAAGACGUGGCUAUCGUGUUGAGCGGCAGGCUCGAAGAUUCGGAGUUGUUGAAUAAUGCGAAUCUGCAGUUGGUAAACCUGGUACUGACGCCAACACCACGAAAAUUGGAGAACAACUCGAGCAAUCUAGCUGUAGGGUUGAACAGUUUCGUGCACAAUAUGGGAAGUAUAAAUUUCACGUCGACCCAAUCGCGGAUUCCAUCGACAAUUGUGGAGAACAGAUUACUCACGCCUAGUAAAUACAGAUUGACGAACGGCCGUGAUUUCGGCACACAGACCGACGUAGAGAACGAUUUCCAUGAUUCCCGCGAAGAUUUGCAGGACAUGACGCUGAAGAACGUCUCUAUGAAGGACCGCAAGGACGCGACGAAUGCUAGUAAAAGGGACAUUGAAAAUUCGACAAACGUCGGUUCGUCAGAAGUUCCUGUAAAAACUUUUCUUCGAUCAAAAUCACAACCUAGGACAAGUAUUAAUUCGAGGCCGCAAUGGAACGCUAAUCGACCUGGAACUCGAUAUCGUACGCAGAGCGAAAAAGAUCCUCAUUAUCAGCGACGGUUACGAAUGAGGAGACGCCAAGUUGAAUCCAGCGAUGAAAGAUCGAGAUCACCGUCACCCGACAGAAGGAAACUCAUAAACGUCAAAUCAAAAAUACGAACCACAAAUAGACGAAAAGUAAAAGUGGACAGUUACGACGCAGAUCUGUCAAUGGACAGCUUAAAUUCCAUUAUACCUCUGCGAAUUGAUAAAAAUGGACGGAUAGCUAUCGAGGACAAUAGACUGGAACAAAUGGACAAGGCUCGAUCUAUGAAUGGUCGCGUUGACGAUGCUGAUAACGUCAGACAAUCAGAAAACGAGAAUUCCAAUGUUUGGUGCGGACAAGAGAUUCUGUCCAAGUUGUCCACGUUGAAAAAUGGACUGCUGAUGAAACAAAUGGAAUGGGAUUCCGAGAGAUGCUUGGUCUCCCCCGCUGCGUCUGAAAUCUUUUAA